AUGACCGAUUCCGUCAUUCGCAUCAAGCGGUACUACUACAUCCACAUCUUGGACAACAAUACAAACGUCACUCGCACCAUUUCUGGCCCUGUCGUCUACACACGGCAGGAGCACGAGACAUGCCUCUUUGACCCACGCCCGUGCGUGUCUGUCCCCCCGCGUCACUACUGUGUUGUCAAGAAUCCGUGCGUGCGAAAUGAGGCGGGGGAGGUGGUGUUGGAGUCGUCAGGGCAGGUGAAGCUGCGACUCGGCGACGCCGAGAUCCGCUUUGAAGGCGAGCCUUUUCCUCUGUACCCCGGCGAAGAACUGGACAGUAAGGAGGAGCAGAGUGUGCGGAAGCUGCAGGUGAUUCCACCCAACACCGGUCUCCACGUGCGGUGCGUUCGCGACUUCAAAGACGCGGAAAGGCUUGUCGUGGCUGGUACAGAGUGGAUGGUGGCUGGGCCUCAAUCGUACAUCCCGCGAGUUGAAGUGGCGGUGGUGGAGGAGGUCAAGGCAACUGUCAUUUAUCCAAACACCGCCUUGCUGCUGCAAGCCAACGUCAACUUCACCGAUCGACGCGGAGUGCUUCGGGUGGCGGGGGAAAAGUGGCUGGUGCGCACGUUGGGUGCGUAUCUCCCCUCCGUCGAGGAGACGGUUGUAUCCUUGAUACAGGGUACCAUGCUCAGCGAGCUGAAGGCACUCCGCCUGAGCGCAGUGCGCAGCUUCACCGACGUGUACGGGAAGGCGCGACGGGCCGGGGAGCAGUGGCAGGUGACAUUGAAGGAUGCACCAGUGCAUAUCGUUGAUGCCUACGAAACUAAGGUGGCGGAAGUCGCCGCUGUCUCACUCAACGCGAAGGAGUACGUGAUAAUUCACCAUCCAGUCGACGCCACCGGGCACAACCGCUUUGGCGAGACGCUUGUGCGUCGUGGCGAGUGCACCUUUUUCCUGCAGCCAGAGGAAACGAUGCCGCGCGGCGUCGAGCAGGUGCUCGUUGUCGGAAAGGAAGAGGCGUUGCUGCUGGAAGCGGUGUGUGAGUACCAUGACGGAGGUGGGAAGCAUCAACCAGGCAGCCGAUGGAUGGUGCGCGGCCCUUGCGAGUACAUCCCUGCCAACGAAGUGAAGCUGCUGGAGCACCGCCGUGUGAUGGCGCUUGACAGGAACGAGGGUAUUUACGUAAUGAAUACGACAACGGGCGAAGUGCGUGCCGUCAUUGGGAAGCCUUACAUGCUGGAUAGCAAUGAGGUGCUGUGGGAGAAGCACCUGCCGCUCGCUAUCGAGGAGCUCCUCGAGUCUCCAAACGGUAGCAUAAAAACGUGCGAGCGCAACGCCGGCUUUGUCAGCCGCCGCGAAAAGUACCGUAUUGUCCGCUUCAACGUGCAACACAACGCUGCAGUGCAGAUCUACGACUACCGCACGAAGAAGCCUCGCAUUGUGCUGGGCCCGAGCCUUGUGAUGCUGGCCCCACAUGAGGAGUUCACCGUACUGUCACUCAGCGGUGGCACGCCGAAGGUGCCGAACUCGAUGCAGUCGCUUCAGCUCUUUCUCGGGCCACGCUUCUCCAGCGACACCAUCGUCGUGGAAACGUCGGACCACGCUCGCCUACGCCUCCGACUCUCGUACAACUGGUACUUUGACAUCGACCGCGCCAACCCUAGUCAGAGGACGUUCUCGGUGCCAGACUUCAUCGGCGAUUGCUGCAAGACCAUCGCCAGCCGAGUGCGUGGUGCCGUCGCCGCAGAGGACUUCGACUCCUUCCACAGAAACUCUGCCAAAAUCAUCCGCAUUGCUGUCUUUGGCGUCGACGAGGUUGGCGAGGCGAAGAAGAAUCUGCGCUUCAAUGCAAAUGACUUUGUCGUGACGAACAUUGACGUGCAGUCGGCAGAACCAACGGACGAGAAGACGCGCGACAGCUUGCAGAAAUCUGUGCAGCUUGCGAUUGAAAUUACCACCAAGUCGCAAGAGGCGGCUGCACGUCACGGCAACGAGCUGAAGAACCAGGAGGCCAAAGGGCAUCUGGAGCGCCAAAAACUCAUCGACAAGAUAGAAGUGGAGAACGCGAGGACAAAGUGGCUGGAGCUGCAGGCAAAGAGCGAGGCAGUGCAGGCGAGCGGGCAGUCCAUCGCAGAGGCAAAGGCGCGCGCCGAAGCGCUGCUAAUUGAGGUGCAGUCUGAGAUGCAGCAGGCGGAGAUGCGAGCCAAAGCGUACCGCAUCUCCGCUGAGGCAGAGCUGCAGAAGCUGCAGCAGCGACAAGCACUGGAGCUAGAGUACACGCAACGGCAGAAUGAGAUAGACGUCGCCAAGGCACGAGCGGCAGCCGAGGCGGAGGCAGAGAAGGUGAGACGCAUGGUUGACGCCAUUGGUCGUGACACACUGGUUGCCAUUGCCCGCGCAGGUCCCGAGGCACAGGUGAAGCUGCUGGGUAGCCUCGGCCUAAAGGGCUACCUUAUCACUGACGGAAACAGUCCAGUGAAUUUGUUUGACGCAGCGCACGGAAUGAUUGGCGAGCCAAAGAAGUAA